AUGAGGAUGCCGAGCGGUACAAAGCGUCCCGUUCCUCAGCGCCCCGUUCCUCAGCGCCCCGUUCCUCGACCCUGCGCAUGCACAUCCCUUCCGCACCCUCAUCAGCUUUCCUUCUUUCCCCUCUAUCCAACUCCGCUGACUCCUGAUCGCUCUAGAACACCUCCUUGCGCAAGUCCUCUGGCUUUCAGACACAACCUCCAUCCACAGCCCUUCCAUCCAUCCUACCUCCCGCCCGCACGUCCGAUGACCGGUUGCAACCCUCUCGCCUCCUCCAUGAGCGCCCUCGCUAUCAGUCCCGCUCCACAUCCCCUCACCUAG